GAGCUGUUCCAUGUUGAGCCAGAAAUAACCAGUUCGCUACAUGAAAUGAGCAACGAAGACCUUUGCUCUUUCGCGGAGCUCCACGAAGAUCCGGUAAACGAUGUGCAAAUCGAAUUAUACGUCUUCACGUGCUUGCUUCUCUUCACGAGAACGCUCUCGACACAAUAUCUUGAACAAGCAAUUCAGCGAGCGGAAGGAUGGGUAGCGGUAACAGGUCCUGACGAUCCUGAUCGCGCUCGGCGCUUUCAGAUUUUGGACAUGAUGUUGGCCAGGAUGUGCGAACACACAUACAUUUCUAAG